GUGGUACAUGUCUUCGUCGCGCUCUCUCAAAAAUAACGAUCCAAUAAGAAGCGUGUAAACAAUGGUUGGAAGGCAUGCGAUUGGCGGCGUUGUCGCCAAGUCAGGUCAGAGUAGCCAAUCGGGAUAAAUAAAUUUCGAUCCAGCGGAAAAUGCAUUGGUCGUCCUUUCCCCCCACCAGUGACGGCGGCUCGGCUCAUAUUCAGUAGACUCGGCCAUUUCUCUCGCGAAGCGUAGUUAUUUGCUCGGUCGCGACAUUUUUUUCCGUAAAACCGUGCGGGUAUUCCCGUAAGCUUUGCAAAAUAACGCGACGCAAAAGGAUGAUACACUCCGGGCGCACCAGGCUCGAGAAAAAAGUAAGUCGCGUGGGCGUGGGAGGAGGGGGCCAGGUUGGGCAAGGGGUACAAGCGGUCGAAGAUUCCGGUGCAAGCGGUCAAUGGUGGAGGCAACAGCAUCCAUCGUAUCAUCAUCAUCAUCAUCACCAACAUCAUCACCAUUAUCAUCAUCAGGCCGGUUAUUAUACGUCGCAAUCGCUCUCUCACAACAACCCUGUCACGACCAUGAAGCAGUCUUAUAUGCAGCUAACGUGGGUGUUUCACGACGACGAGGCGCAGAUUAAUAAGAAACUGCCAAAAGAAUUACUGCUUAGAAUCUUCUCGUAUCUCGACGUGGUAUCGCUAUGCCGGUGCGCGCAAGUAAGCAAAGCUUGGAACGUGUUGGCGCUCGACGGAUCCAAUUGGCAAAGAAUCGAUCUCUUCGAUUUCCAACGAGACGUGGAGGAAUCAGUUAUAGUAAAUAUAUCGAGACGAUGCGGUGGGUUUUUAAGGCAGCUCUCUCUCAGGGGAUGUCAGAGCAUUGGGAACAAUUCAAUGCUUACAUUGGCUGAGUCGUGUACUAACAUCGAGGAACUGAAUCUGAGCCAAUGUAAAAAGAUCUCGGACGCUACCUGCGCGGCCCUAAGCUCUUAUUGUCCGAAACUCCAACGACUGAACUUGGACUCGUGUCCCGAGAUAUCGGACAUCUCCAUGAAGAACCUCUCGAAAGGCUGUUCGCUUCUCACUCACAUUAAUCUGUCCUGGUGUGAGUUACUUACCGAUAACGGAGUGGAAGCACUGGUGAGAGGUUGCAGACAACUACGUAGCUUUCUAUGCAAAGGAUGCCGUCAGUUAACGGACAGAGGUGUCACAUGUUUGGCUCGUUAUUGCACCAAUUUGGAGGCGAUCAAUUUACACGAAUGCAGGAACAUAACAGACGAUGCGGUCAGAGAACUCAGCGAACAAUGUCCAAGAUUGCAUUACGUUUGCCUAUCGAAUUGUCCAAAUCUAACGGAUGCGUCUCUGGUCACGUUAGCGCAACAUUGUCCACUCCUUAGCGUGCUCGAAUGUGUGGCUUGCACUCAUUUCACCGAUGCAGGCUUUCAAGCUCUUGCAAAAAAUUGCAGAUUAUUAGAAAAGAUGGACCUGGAAGAGUGCCUUUUAAUAACGGAUGCCACCCUCAUUCAUUUAUCCAUGGGCUGUCCCAGAUUGGAAAAAUUGAGUUUGUCUCACUGUGAACUGAUCACCGAUGAGGGCAUUCGACAAUUGGCCCUUUCGCCGUGCGCAGCGGAGCAUCUAGCGGUGUUGGAAUUGGACAAUUGUCCCCUUAUCACAGAUGCUAGCCUUGAUCACCUUCUACAGGCCUGCCAUAAUCUCGAGCGCAUCGAACUAUACGAUUGUCAGCUAAUCACCAGAGCUGGCAUACGUAGACUCAGAACACAUUUGCCGAACAUUAAAGUUCAUGCGUACUUCGCGCCAGUGACACCACCUCCAAGCGCGGGGGCAUCUCGGCAGCGAUAUUGCCGAUGCUGCGUCAUUCUGUGAUUCGCAUAAAAAUGACUCUGAUGUAAAUCGUCCGAUGUACCACACUACCGGUGGACUUUUAAUUUCGAUAGUCGCCGAUUCACGGCGAUCGUGGGACCUUCUCUCUUCCGGCUAUCAGACCGAGACUCUGGUCGCCUGUCAUCAACAGUGAGAAUAAGCCUCGUCGUGAAUGGAAUCGCGAAACUUUCGAUAGAUAUACCAAUUCGACUCGCAACACACGCAACGAGUACAAAAGAACAGUACGUCAUCAUUUAUAUAUAUAUCUAUACAUAUAUAUAUGUAUAUAUGUGUAUAUAUAUAUAUAUAUAUGUAUAUAUAUACACAUCACACACACACACACAAAACCACCAGCUGUUGCUGCAAUUGUUACUAAUGUGUCGCUGCUACUACCGCUCACUAUAAAACUGUUUCUAUCACCGAUGUCGCGGUCUACAGUGAUAUCGUUUUUAGAACUCUAUUCAUUUCUUUUAUAGUACGUGCUUUGCUAAUUAUCGUUGUCGUUUCGUCACGAAUCUAAGUGAUCGUUUAACGAAAAGGAAAGAAAUUUUCGAGUUCCGAUCGUUUCAUUUUCGAUCACAUCGAUUUCUUAAAAAAAAAAAUUAAAAAAAAAAAAGAACGAGGAAAAAUACGGGACGAUUUAAUUAAAUAUUAAAAUUAAUGACAAAGAAAAUGAUGAAGGAAAAAAUGACGAUGCGCGCGAUAAAUUGCGGGCAUUUCGUUCUUUUUUUAUUUAUUUAUUUUUUUUUCUUUCUUUCUUUCUUUCUUUCUUUCUUUCUUUUUCAUCUAAGCGACACAGCUCCGCUCGUAUGCGGGCUAACACACGAUCGUACGUAUCGAUCGCGAGCCUGAAAUUUUCGCGGUUGGAUGUUCCAUGUGAAACAAACCGAUAGGCACGUAUACAUACGUAUAUGUAUGUAUUAUAUAUAUACAUAUAUACAUAUAUUUUUUUAGUACGACGCAUUCUCUCUUCUGCUAAAUGUAAACGUUAAUCGUCAAAGAAAAGAAAAAAAAAAAAAAAAACGCGCAAUCCGUUCCGGAUGGUAAACCGCAUACAACAUGCGUCCAGUGAUCAUACUUUUCUCGAAUUCAGAAAGGAUUAAUAAUUAAAAGAAAAAGGAAAGAAAGGAAACCGUCGUCGCGUUGAACGUGUUUCAAGCUACGUAUAAAGGUCGUGCUAUUAUUCUAGGCAUUCAAUUUCUAUCGUGUGUGUGUAUAUGUGCGCGCGCUCGCGUGCGUGCGCACGCGCGUAUGUGUGUGUGUGUGUGUAUGUGUAUGUGUGUUUCUGUAGCAGUUUCUCAAACGAACACUGCCUAUUAUAAUGUUAUUGAUAGGAAAAAAAAAAAAGAAUUCUCGAUGGAGAGAAAAUGUGGUUAAAAAAAAAAAAAGAAAAGAAAAGAAAAAGAAAAAAUAUAAAUAAAAAAAGAAUUGAAAAAAAGGAGAGAGACAAAAAGAAAAGGGAAGAAGGUAGAUAAGAGAGUCGUAGAGAUGAUUGCAGAUUUUUUUGAAUCUCAUCGCAAAAUCGUAGAAUAAUUAUACCCGACUUUCGUUUCGACUAAUUGUUCGAUAUUAAUUGUUCGUGAAAAAUGAACGAUAUACGGGAAGUUUAAAAAACAUUUUUUCCUCUUCUCGUCUAUUAAACGAAUAUCACGAUCUCAGAUGCGCGAUUGAUCAAAUACCGCGAUAUCUAUAAAAUUAUUUUUCUUUUUUAUUAUGCGAGACGCGCGUAUAUACAUUGCGAGCAAUAUAACGAGGACGGAAAUGAAGAAUAUAAUGAAAAAUGCAACGCGGUUGUUGACUUCUCUUUUUUCUUAGGAGAAAGUUAAAAAAGAAAAGAUAAAAUAAAAUAACGAAGAGAAUGAAAAGGAAGAAGAAGAAGAAAAAGAAAGGAGAGAAAAAGAGACAAAAAUGAUAGUUCGUUGUAUUUGAAGCUCCCAUUUAAUUGCUGUUUGAUGAUGCAUUUUACGAGGACUCGCGAAUAUUGGUGGAUAGAUGGACAAUUGACUGUGUUCGCGGAUCACGUAUUUAUCGAGUCUCAAACUAUAUUAUAUUCUAUCUUCCAACGACCCAGACAUCCAUAUCAUAUAUCUUUUUUUCUUCUUGUUUUUAUAUUUUUUUGUUCUAAUUUUUUUUUUCUUUCUCUCAUAUUGUAAUUCGUCAUGGAUUAGGAGAGCACAGACUGAUAAAACGAUUUAAAGCGUUGAUACGUUAAAUAAUCGAUUUAUUUGGUCCCAGUGAUCGAUUUACUGGCCAAUUCUUACUUUUUAAGUCUAGGUUUAUAAUAUGGUGGCAAUACGAAAACCGUGAGCGUAUACAAGUCUGUGGCUUGCGUUGUAGAUGAGCCAAUACGAAGAAAUUUGUUUGUUCCUUGAUUUUUAGACUGCGGAUAUAUAUAAUAUAUACAAAAAAAAAAAAAAAGAAAAAAGAAAAAAACGAAAGAAGAAGAAGUUAAUUUCGAAAUCGUAAAAUAAGGAAAAAAAGAAAAUCGUGAUACAUAAAAUGUAUCAUAAUCUGUCUGUUUCCAUUUGUAAAAAAAAAAAAGAAAAAAAAAAAAAAAGAAUUAAAAUUUGACACGAUGUUCAAUCGUUUGGAAGUCUGGAUCCCAGGAUGACAAAGCGUAUAUGUAUUAAAAUCAAUGGAAGAAAUUUACUCGCAUAUAUAAGAAGAAACAAAGAGUUAGAAUCAAGACAAAGUUCUUAUAUUCUUAUUCGAAUUUGGUAAUGGAUGUUUUUUAAACAUCUAAAUACAUCGCGUUGAUACGAGAACACCAUCCACCCGUAUUUUUUUGCAAUAGCUGGGAUAACCAAUGACAAAGAAAUUUUAUGUGUCAUCUGAAAUGCUAUGGAUGAUAGAAAUAAAAAACGUUUAUGAAAAAAAAUAAUAAUAAUUAUGACGGUCCAUCCCGAAGUGCAAUAGAGUCCAUAUGUACUCCGUUUCUCUCCUUCUCGUUAUUUUGAUGAAUUUCAAGGAACCAGUCAUGUAAUGUACGUAAUUCGCGUGUCGUUGCGUCGAGUAAAACAUAGAUUGUUAAUCCUUGCUAAGAUAUAAGAACGUACAUCGCGUAUAUAUUUAAUAUAUAGCGUGUAAACGGAAUACCGGAAUGAAGGAACUAGAUAUAUAUAUAAAUACAAAUGCAAAUAUAUAAAAAAUAUAUAUAUAUAUAUUAACAAAAAAAAGGAAAAAAGCAGUAAAAAAUAAAUACAUAGAUAUGAUAUGUUUUAUACGCUGCAUGUCAUCCUUAGAAGGAAGUAACGUGAUCGUCGUAAUGUGUCGUGUCAGAGAAUUGAGUCAUUUAUUUUUUUUCUUGUUUUUUUUUUUUUUUUUUUUUUUAGCGAUUAAACAUGGAUGCAAAGGGGGAUCGGCAGAUGUUUUAAAACAGAUCUUAACGUGAAAAGACGUACAAAUUAUACCGUUAUUGCAUCCAUCAUUCGUGAAACGAUUUCUGAUCUUUCGCGAGUAUCAUUAAAAAGAAAUCUUUUUGUUGUUUCACGAUGCUAUUCUUUGAAAAUCUUUCGAUUAACCAAAAUAACCGUGAUAAAAUAAAACGUGUAAACAUAUGUAUGACUGUCGGUCAACGCCUAAUUUGAUCAAGUUCGGUUCAAAUUAUAAAGUCAAUCUCAGUGCCUGACCCGCCACAGAAUUUGUGAAUUACAUAUGAAUUACAUAGUCGAAAUUUCACAGUUUCACAGUAUUACUGUGUGGCGGAGAAUAUAGAAGAUUUAAAAGAAAUAAUAAUAAAACAAAACAAAGUAUCUCGUAUAUGACAGCUGCUAAGAAUUUUUGAGAGUCUUUCUCUCUUUUUUUCUCUCUUUUUCUCUUCUCUCUCUCUCUCUCUCUCUCCUCUUUUCUUCUCUCUCUCUCUUUGACUGAAACGAAACUUGUCGAGCGACCGACAGUCGUGCAUCCACGCAUAAUUAGUGAUAUUUAGCGAUGGACAUUCGAUAUUCUGCCAAUUGUAAAUCAAGAAAAGAAAAGAAUUUGCGAUUUUAAUCGAUGUCGAAGCAAUUCCAAAUUGAAUUAAAAAAUGAGAAACUUUUGGAUACGGUCAAAAAUUUAAUAGCGGAAUUUUUUUCCGGAAUAUUUUGACGUUCUUUUAUAUCAUAUAUGAAUUUCGAUGCAUUUUUAUGAUAUUUUAUUUUAAGUUGAAACUCACCCGUUAUGAUGAGACUGUUAAGUUAUUCAUAGCUUUUAAUCCACUAGACAGCAUUUAAUGCGAAUCGAAAUUAUUCAACUAGUUCGGUUCAAUCGAUAGGAAAAAAAAAAAAAAUAGACGCAUGUCCAUCGCUGUUACACGAUUCUCAAUAUUCUUUGGAACUCGUUCGUGGCAAUAAAAGAAGAAAAAAAAAUAGGAAUGAGAAUUGACAAGAAUAAAACUAUCAAAAUGUAUAGUUUCCUAAUUUUGAUAAUCGCUUGUAAAAAUGUUAUUUUUCAUAAAUUCGUUGAUGAUCGAUGAUCAAAAUUCGUGACAUGGAUUCAUGAUCGCAAUUUAAUUUGAUGAUCGAUUAUUAUGAUCCAUAGCUUCGUAUAUCGGCGUAAUUGUUAGUAAAACAAAUUGUAUGUCGAAUAAUAGAAUCGAGUCCCGUUACGUCGAAAUAUAGACGCAAGAGCCUGUCGGAAAUCCCGUUGAUCGGGCGUUAGGAAAUCGUGACCAAUUUUCAAGAAUGGAAGAAUUCAUUUGCUAUUGAAACGAAGAAUUAUCGUAAUGACGAAUUGAAGAUUUGAAAAAAAGAAACAAAAUAGAUUGUAAAAGAGAAAUGGAAAUCGAUCGCGGUGUCGUAGUAGUAUUGGUAUAAUAACAUACAUAAUAUGUCGCCGUAAAAAGAGAUCGUGUCAUAACGACAAUUGAAAGGAGUAAAGUGAAAAAAAGAAAUGAAGAGGAAGAGGAAGUUAAGCAAGAGAUAUAACGAAGCUUUUAAAGCCGAGUGAUCGAGCAAGUGUUUGGCUGUGCUGUAGAAUAGGAAAGAGACAGAGAAAGAACGAUAGAGAGAAAACGUGAGAUUCGAGAGAAAGAAUGAGAGAAAGAGAGGUGUGAACGAGAGAGAUAAAGAGUUCAGAUGUUAAUCGAAGCCAGCGAAAUUAUCAAAUAUUAUAAAUUGUAUAUUCAAAUUAUGUUUUUUUAAAUUUAUUCCACUUGUGAAUAUUAUUUCCAAUUCGGAACAAUAUUUUGUCAAAAAUAAAAAAGAAAAACACUCGAUCACGAUCGAGAUCUAUUCGAUCCAUAAUUGAAAAAUCGAAAUUUUAAAGGCAAGGACUUAACAUUUCAGAGUGAAUAUAGAAUCUAAAAUAAUUAACUCCACUGAUGAUAAUUAUUUGAUUUUUAGAAAAUAAAGUGUUAAUCGUGUAUUCUGAUAUGAAAAAUAAAGAAAUUGUCAGAAAGUGGAGUUAAACAAUUUGGCUUCUUUCACUGAUUCGUUUAAUGGUCUCUAAUGGUCGUAUAAUGUCCUGCUAAUGUCACGACGAUCUUUGCUUUCAAGUAAAGUAAGAAAACGUCGCAAGUAUAAAUCGGGGGAAAAAAAAAUAAAAGUUAUAUAUAUAGGUUCAUAUACGAAUAUUGUAGUUGAUUAUAAAUUGACAUUUCGCUGCUUCGACAAGUUACAGUCUACCAUGUAUAUAUUUUCAUUAAUGUAUGUAUAAUAAAAAAGUAUAUUCGAGACAACGAUCGGCUCUGUUUAGUGUGCGCUGUCUUGUCAUUCUUUACGUGAAUUAUAUGAUCGAAAAAUCGAUACGUAUUUGGAAUCGAUCGGAACUAUUCCCGUUACGGAGAAUAUUUUUGGCUUCUAAAUAAUAUAUAUAUAUAUAUACAUAUAUAUUAUCGUAACGACGUAUUUCUUCUAGAAAUAAAUUUUAAAUGAACAAA